AUGCUGUCGCAGAAGUCAGGCAUACCCAACUGGCAGCGAGAUGAGGCCGACACCACAGACGUCCCUCCGCUGCAGAAGAAGAAGGGAUGUGAGGGUCCUGUAUGGGUUCCCUUGCGAGUCUGUGGAUUUCUGAUCCCCUACGACUUUCUCGUGGCAUAUGCGGAGAAGAACCUGCCAGACGACUUCGAGGCUAACGCCAAGGCCAAAGAGUACUCAGAGACCAUGAUCAGGGACUAUCGCAAGCAAAACGCGCUCAAGCACAUCAAAAAGCUCUUGGACCACCCGGAUCAGGUGCUUGUCCGCCUCGCCGAUGGUGGCAUACAGGCAUGCCUGCUCGUUGGCAGUAAUUACGACGACGAGGAGCUAACGAACGCGUGCGACCUGGCCGUCAUCGACUAG